AAAACGUGGCUUUACACAUUCUGAAACUAAUUGUGAGUUUGUGACUCUUGGCUUGCCUGCAGUGUCCGCCUGCACCUUCUAUAAGUACAGUCGCGAGCCUCAGCUAUACAAACCAACUAGCGCAUAGUAUCUCCUGAGCUCCAUUCAUCAUCCCAAGUCUUCACUGGUCUUAGAUCACAUGGCAUUCCCUCGGCUGUCCCUCGCCGUGCUCAGCUGCCUGGCGCUGCUCGCCGCGACGGCCGCGCACCGGGCGCCCAUCACGGGGCCGUCGCCCUCGGCUCCUCGCGGCCUGACGACACUGGCGGAGCGGCUGGAGGGCGCGGAGACGCAGCAGUGCUGGGAGGCGCUGGUUGAGAUCAAGUCGUGCACGGGCGAGAUCAUCAUCCUCUUCAUCAGGGGCGAGGCGUUCCUGGGGCCCGGCUGCUGCCGCGCCAUCCGCGUCAUCGAGCAAAGCUGCUGGGCCGCCGACUCGAUGAUGUCUAUCAUCGGUUUCACCCCGCAGGAAGGGGACAUGCUCAAGGGGUACUGCGACGCGGGCGACGACAACGCCACCGGCGGGCAGAGCGGUUCGCCGCCGCCUCGCGGUGCUGAUGACGCGGUCGGUGCUGUCCGCGGAAGCUUCGCCGCCGUGGCGGGAAGGAAGGGCUCCAUGCACCGUUAGCUAUGGAUCAGGAUGUGGAUGUGUUCGUUCGAUCGUUUCCACGUCCAAUCUCGCUGAAUAAAUUGUCUCGAGAAAGUUUGGCUUUGCCGAGAUAAAUAAUAGUGAUAAUUCUUACUCC